AUGUAUGUGGCUCUUACGUACAUUCCCGGAGGAGGACUGCUGACAGGGGAGUUGGAGGACGGAGAGUGUGCCGCCAACGAUCCUUUUUCUGAUUGUUUUUUCCCUUCCUUUUCUCGUCUUGUCAUGUCCGCCCUGUUCCGCGCCUCUGCCACCGGUGUCGUCCUCGCCACCGGCCACGGCGCGCCCACCAUCACCGCCGAGCGGCGCUACAGGCAGUUCGACGUCCUCGACAAGACGCUGCGCGCCGCCUUCCAAGGCGUGCCCGACCUCCCGGGCAAGGCGGGCUGGCUCUCAUCGUCGGACAAGGACUUUCUGGACAAGCGCAAGGCGGGGCUGAGCAGCUACCUGCGCAGCAUCACGCUGGACCCGGCCCUCUCGCAGAACGAGGACGUCCGCUCCUUCCUCGAACUCGGCUCGGCCGAGGAGCUCUUCGUCCGUCUGCAAGAGAAGGAGCAUUUCUGCAACCUGGCGGUGCUCGAGAAGGACAAGGCGCUCGAGGCGCAGCGGCAGCGCGUCGCGGCGCUCACCGGCGAGAACGGCCGCGCACAGCACGACAUCCAGGCGCUCGAGGCGCAGAUCGCCGAGGCGGCGCGCGGGCGCGAGGAGGCGAAGGCGGCUGCCGACGCUGCCCUCGGCCUCGCGCGGCAGCAGGUCGGCCAGCUGGAGGAGGCGGUGCUGGCGGCGCAGGCGGCCGAAGCGGAGGCGGUGGACACGCGGAGGGCGACGGCGCAGCGACUCGAGGACGAGUCUCGGAAGCAGCAGCUGCAGGCUGCCACGCGUGAGGCGCAGGCGCUCAGGGCGGAGCUCGCCUCGUCGGCGGCGGAGGGCGCCGCUCUCCGCCGCGAGCUCUCGAAUCGGAAGGAGGAGCUGCAUCGCGCCACCGCGCGCGCCGACGCUCUGCGGGAGGAAGCCCUCGGCUCGCUUGACGCGCGCGUGGUCGCGUGCGUGCGCAAGGAGGAGGGGCCGCGUUGGUGGUGGGCCUACCAGGCGUUCGCUGAGACGAGGCGCGCGGCGCUCGACGAGUACCUCCAGGGGCUCGUCGGUGACGCGGGCCUUCGCACGAGCCUCUCGCUGCAGGCUUUCUUGGAGCUGGGCGCUCUCGUCGGCCGAAACGCGGUCCUCAGCCCCGCGCCCUCCCCGAGCAUGCGCGCGCGAUCGUCCAACACUUAG